CGCAUGCUAAUGUUGGACUUGCCGCCAGUACGAAAGGAAGUGCAGAUGUGGCCACUGUUAGGUCACAGUAAUAACUCCUCGAUAGCAAUCGACUGGACACGAAUGACUGUCCCUUCAACUCGGGCGCUAGAUAUGAAACCACUGGACAUUUGCGUAUUGUUUAUCUCCCAUUCGUCAUGAUGACCCCGCUCGCAGUUAUUUAAACGCGCCAGAGGGCCCUGCAAUAUUCUCAAAUCUUCAUAGCAUUUUUCAAACGGCGCAUCUUACCUGCCCAUCCCAUCUCAUCACCAUGACCUCCUAUACUCCAAGACUUCAGGGCAACCCGGGGUUCUUCAGUGCCCUGCAGUUGGUCAAGUCGCAAAGCCUGGAGGAGGCAGUCCAAUAUGUUUGGCAAACAAUCAUCAGCACAUGGUUCAACUCCCUUGACGGCUACACAGUGAGCUACAAAGCCUCCACGCUCGCCAACAACAAUGAGCCCGAUGGUAUCGCCAUCCGAGUUAUGGAAUUGGCCCCGAAAAUUGAGCUGUCAACCGACUUCGCCGAACGCCAAAUCUUGCUCGUCCAGUGCAACCGCCCGUCUAGCGACACUCCGGCGGGAUGGGAUGGCAUAGUUGAAAACCGGUUCCGUGAUGAUCUCUCGCAAACUUUGAAUGAUUCCGAAAAACUGUAUGGAGCAGUUGCUAUUGGCACGAAAGUGAGGUUCUAUAGAUUCGAUGGAAAAGCACCGUACAAUCAGCAACUCACUCAACUCCACGCGGGAGCCAUCGAUAUGAAUGCACCAAAUGGCAUCACAGAGGUCGAGAACAUGAUGAACUAUGUCAAGGCAAAUGGAUGGCAGUGGGCCAGCACCUGAAUUGGGUUUGGGAGCAGUGUUGGGUCCUGGUGCGAUUGAUUGGUAUAUCAUGUCUGGUUAUAGUAGCAAGGUGCACUUCAAGACUCGCUUGCUUUAGUUAGGCCAGCCUUUCGAGCACCCCAGUUCAAUACCUAAGCCAAUCGGAGGAUGGUAGUGGCAUACGUCCUGUGUAGUCCUCGUCAUACGUCACAUGCAUUUCUACAGACAAGACAGUGAGCAGUAGAAAUUGCCCUCGGUUUACCGAGGGCAGAGAGGAUAUGUGUUGGGGAAAGGAAGGAAGAAAACCCCAGUUUUCUAGAAGUUGAACACUACCACCAUUUGUGGAC